GGCAGGGGGCGGAGCCUCAGGAGGAGUCAGGUAUCAGAGCAGGAGAAAUGGGGUCAAAGUUCAUUUAGCAGCAGAGCAGAAUCUGGAUCAGGUGACCACACCUGUGCUGUGAGAGGGGGCGGAGCCUCAGGUGGGUCGGGUUCAAGUUCUGCAGAAUCAGGUCCGGUUCUCCAGUCGCUCCGACUCGGUUUGUGUGAACAGAAGGAGAAGCAAAGAUCUGAUCAGAUAAAAGAUGGCGCAGCAGCAGGAUUUUGAGGAAAAACUUUUCAAAGUUCGCAGUGAGUUUGUGGAGAAAGUUUCUGAGGAAAUCCUGAAACGGCUCCUUGAUGAGCUUCUAUCAGAUGGCGUCUUUAAACAUUCAGAGAUUGAAGGUAUACUGCAGAAGAACCCAACCAGAGCAGACAAGGCCCGCGACACCAUAGAUGCUGUGAUGAAGAAAGGACAGAGAGCCUGCAGAUUGAUGAUCAAACGUCUUCAUCACAGAGAUCCAACUCUGUCCAACCAGCUGGAUUUUGAUAUUCGGUGUCAACGUGAGCUUAAAGCGUCUCUGAAGAUGAAGUUCCAGAGUCUCUUUGAAGGCGUCGCUGAACAUGGAAAUAAAACCGAUCUGAACCAGAUCUACACAGAGCUCCACAUCACAGAGGGGUUAACUAGAGAGGUCAACCAGGAACAUGAGGUCAGACACAUUGAAACAGCAUCCAGGAAUCAAGAAACAAUCAGAAGAGAAAACAUCUUUAAAGUCCCACCUGGAAGACAUGAACCAAUCAGAAAAGUGAUGACCAUGGGAGUGGCUGGCAUUGGGAAAACACUGUUAACACAGAAGUUCACUCUGGACUGGGCUGAAGGCAAAACCAACCAGAACAUUGAUUUCAUAUUUCAAUUCACUUUCAAAGAGCUGAAUUUGCUGAAAGAAAAAAAGUUCAGCUUGGUGGAACUGAUUCAUCACUUCUUUCCUGAAACCAAAGGAAUCUUUAGCUUUGAACAGUUCCAGGUUCUGUUCAUCUUUGAUGGUCUGUAUGAAAGUCGAUUUACUCUGGACUUCAACAACAAUCCGAUCCUGACUGAUGUUACAGAGUCCAGCUCAGUGGAUGUUCUGCUGACAAACCUCAUCAGGAGGAAACUGCUUCCCUCUGCUCUCCUCUGGAUAACCACACGACCUGCAGCAGCCAAUCAGAUCCCUGCUGAGUUUGUUGACAUGGUGACAGAGGUCAGAGGGUUCACUGACCCCCAGAAGGAGGAGUACUUCAGGAAGAGAUUCAGAGAUGAUGAAGAGAAGGCCAGCAGGAUCAUCUCCCACAUCCAGAAAUCAAAAAGUCUCCACAUCAUGUGUCACAUCCCAGUUUUCUGCUGGAUCACUGCUAAAGUUCUGGAGAAUGUGAUGAAGACCAGAGAGGGAGGAGAGCUGCCCAAGACCCUGACUGAGAUGUACAUAGAGUUCCUGAAGGUUAACUUAGCAAUCAAGAAGGAAAAGUAUGAUAGAGGAACAAAGACAAAAUCAAUCUGGAGUCCAGAGAACAAGAAGCUGAUUGAGUCUCUAGGAAAACUGGCUUUUGAGCAACUGCUGGAGGGAAACCUGAUCUUCUAUGACAAAGAGCUCAAAAAGUGCGGCAUCAACAUCAAAGAUGCUGCGUUGUUCUCAGGAGUGUUCACUGAAAUGUUCAAAAGAGAGAGAGGGACGUGCAACAUCUCUGUCUACUCCUUUGUUCAUCUGAGCGUCCAGGAGUUUCUGGCUGCAGUCUACAUGCUCCACUGUUUCACCAGCAGGAAGUCAGAGGUGAUCAAGACGUUUCUGGGAGAAGAAUACAGAGAAACAUCUCUAGAUGAGUUCAUGAAGAAAGUCAUGGAGAAAUCCCUCAGCAGUGAAAAUGGCCACCUGGACCUGUUUGUCCGCUUCCUUCAUGGUCUCACUGUGGAGUCCAACCAGAGCCUCUUAGAAGAUCUGCUGGGUCAGACAGAGAACAGUCCAGAAACCAUCCAGAGAAUCAUCACCAACCUGAAGGAGAUGAACUCUGACUAUAUCUCUCCUGACAGAAGAAUCAACAUCUUCUACUGUCUGGUGGAGAUGAACGACGUCUCAUUUUAUCAGGAGAUCCAACGGCUGCUGGAUUCAGGGAAGCAGCUCUCAGAGACUGACUGUUCAGCUCUGGCCUUCAUGCUGCAGAUGUCAGAGGUUCUGGAUGAGUUGGACCUGAUGAAGUACAACACAUCAGAAUCAGGACGACGGAGACUGUUUCCAGCUGUGAGGAACUGCAGAAAGGCUCGACUUGGUGGCUGGACGCUCCAAAAGGCUGAAUGUGAAGUUUUGGCCUCGGCUCUGAAGUCCAACCCAGAUCUGACUGAACUGGAAAUAAAUCAGAUCUUCAUAUAUGGAGGUGGAGACUCUGAUCUGAAGCCUCUGGUUGAGAUCCUGGAGAGUUCAGUCAGUAAAGUGAAGAUUCUGAGGUUGAUGAACUGCAGUUUGUCAGAAACCAGCUGGACUUCUCUGUUCUCAGCUCUGAAGUCCAACCCGACCCAUCUGACAGGACUGGAGCUGAGCUUAAUCAACCUGGAAGAUUGUGUAGUGAAGGAGCUCUGUGGUUUUCUACAGACUGAAGGCUGCAGACUGGAGAUAUUGAGAUUGAAGUACUGGAGUUUGUCAGAGACCAGCUGGACUUCUCUGUUCUCAGCUCUGAAGUCCAACCCGACCCAUCUGACAGAACUGGAGCUGAUCAGCACCAACCUGGAAGGUUCUGGACUGAAGGAGCUCUGUGGUUUUCUACAGACUGAAGGCUGCAGACUGGAGACAUUGAAAUUCCAGGAAUGCAGUUUAUCAGAGACCAGCUGGACUUCUCUGUUCUCAGCUCUGAAGUCCAACCCGACCCAUCUGAGAGUACUGGACCUGAGCUUCACCAACCUGGGAGAUUCUGGAGUGAAGGAGCUCUGUGGUUUUCUACAGACUGAAGGCUGCAGACUGGAAAGAUUGAGGUUGUUCAGCUGCAGGUUGUCAAAGAUCAGCUGUGAUUAUUUGACCUCAACUCUGAAGUCCAACCCGACCCGUCUGACAGAACUGGACCUGAGAGGAAACAACCUGAAGGAUUCAGAUGUUCAGCAGCUGAAGGAUCUUGUAAAAACUGUUCGGUUGUACUGAUCUCAGUAAAGUAGAAAAUGGUCUCUGUGUCCUGCUGAUCCUCAGAGGUUGAAGCUGCAGCAGUUUGAGUCUAAAGAGACUCUGACUGGAUCAUGAUGAUGACCUCUGACCUCCAAGAUUUUC